ACUACAGCGCUGGUGCGAGUUGUUAUAGUGGUAUCAGAGGGAGUGAAAGCAUUUUGCGUGAUUCAGACACUAGUACUGUCUGGAAAUAUACAAUUACUGGGAAUUCAUGGUAAAGUUCCACUUCCUAGACAACCUCUCACUGCGGAGUUUCUGAGUGGCCGCGGCGCGCUGCCCCAGGGCGUGGAGUGUACCGACUCUCCUUCCUUGCACACGCAAAGCCACCAGUGAUAUUGUAGCUGACAGCCGUGCUCACACUAAAUGUUACAAGGUUGUGAAUGAACUAAAGAGAGUGGACAAGCCCUGUUCAUGAAUUGAGCUCAUUCAUGGAGGUUUCAUGAAUUGAGCUCAUUCAUGGAGGGAGAGAAAGGAGAGGGAGGAGAGGAAAAGAUGACAGCAGCAGCAGCCAGUCACUGGUGUUGGAGUCGCAUCUCCCCAAGCCACCUAGACCACAGACAGCGGCUGCCAACUGCCAUCACUCUCCACCGUCUAGUUCCCCGUCCUUCUCCCUCUACCCACCAGGCUGCUGCCACCACUUCCACAUUUAAGUAUAUCAAACCUGAAGAAGUAAAGGCAGCACAAAUUAAAGCCAGACAAGAGAUUUUGGCAUCCAGACUGGUUUCUCAACCCCCAACCUCAGACACCUCAGCUCCACCUUCAUCCCAGAACAAGAAACACCACCACAGGAAAGAUGGUUCUGGCUCCCAGGCAUUAUUUCCUUGCCGUCUGGGGAGUGGGGAGGUAGGGAUGCGUCGUCGCCAGCUAACCAGACUUGUGUCCCAGAUCUCACGCACUCUUGUGGACCUUCAGGACCUCAGUGAACCACGCCAGAGAGACUUUGUAGCUCCACUCGAGUUAGAGAUCAAGAGACGACGAUGGAAUGAGUGUGCACGAUUAAUGCGACGGUCACUGUUUGUGCUCAAACAAGAGGUAGUGGCCCUGGAAAGAGAAAGUGGUCAAGGGACAAGAACCAGCCAGCACCUAAGAGCAUUGGCAGCAGUUGCUCGAACCAUCAACAUACAGCUGAUGACACUGAAGUCCCAGGCAGAGUCCUCCUGUGGUGACUUUGCCUGGACAGAGGUGCUGGAGGAGUUCUUUGGGGUGGCCCGCAGGAUGUUGGUCCUUGCCGCCAGGGUGGGAGUUCAGUCCCCGCCAUCCUCAGUCAAGUGGGCCACAUUGCCUCAAGAGAGGGUAGCUGCUGGCAUAGAGGACACCAGUGGCCAGGAGUCUGCUAUAACCAUCUCAGAUGUAGACUCCACCAACAUUCACCUCCUGCAGUCAGGCCAUGUGAGGGACAGGCUGGCCCAAUUGGCAACACUCCACCUCAAAAGAAGGAAAAAGCAGAAGAGUCAAAACUCUACAAUGACAGAGAAGAGGCAGAGUAAACAGUACAUUGUUUUGGAGCCCUUGAGAAAACAACUUGACAAGGGAAAAACAUCUUUGGACACAACAGCCACACACCAGUCCCCUGCCAGCCCCUCCCACUUGAAGGAAGAUGAUGGCAACACUUCUGGUGUCGUCUUGGCUCCCAUGAACACCAGCCACAGUGACCUUCACUCUCUGCCAUCAGUCUGCAAGACCUCUGCAGGCAUACAGUCUCAUGACUCGUACUCCAGAACAAAUUCUGCAGCAGCCCCUCAGCUUCAGACCUCACAAACACAAACUAGUAAUGUUCCAGUCUCUCAGCCUCAGCUGCCAUCGCAUCAAAGUGACUUGCCAGCCUCAAAGACCUACACCGACAUGUUACCUCAUGCAAGCCUCUCAGUACAAAACCUUACAGAACAAUUGUCAUUUUUGCUGCAGAGAGUCUGCAAGUUAGAAGACAACAGGAGAAAAACAGAAGCACUGAUAGCAGAGGUUUCCCAAGUCACUCACACACCAGAUGUCACACAGAGCUUGGGUGAUGCUGUGCAGCGAGCUAGACUAAUCCUCACAACAGUGAGAGGUGCUGUGCCUCACCCUCAGCCACUUGUACCUAACAUUAGAAUCACUGGUAUUGAUUCUCUCCCAAAAAACACUGGCUUGUCCAUAAAGAUUCCUGAUGGAGCUCCUCCAAGAACUUCAUCAGAUGCUUCAGGAGCCAGCCUUUGUUCAGAAGAAGUAAAGAAGGAUGUUAAUCCAUUGGAAGGAAAAUGGUUGACUGGAGAGAGUGUGAUAGAGCAGGUGAGACGACAAAAAGAACAAUUUUGGUUCUCUCUUGCUGAACAGGGCUUUGUGAGACCACCAGAAACUUUGUCCCUCACUGGAGAGAAGUGCAAUAAUGACCAGUCAGUAAGUUGUAAAGAGCCCUACAAAACCACUGCAGAAGAAAAACUAGAGAAAACUUCACCAAAGAAAGCUGCAGCAAAAAUACAUUUACAUCAGCAAACUCAAACAAAGUCUCCAGAGCAGUGUCAGUCUUCAAAUAAGAGUGACUCAACCUCAGACCUUUCCAGUUAUGCUCCUGCCAACAACAAAACCCAGCACAGUCCCUUUGACAGUAAGAUUAAAUCUGAUGUUUCUUCUGCUGAUGCCAGGCAGUCUUUCUCUAUUCAGAAUCAGCUUCAGCAAAAUGUGCCUGCUGAGAACACACCCUCAGGGGUGCCCAGCAGUACAGAGACUGAGUCACAGAGUUUCCCAUCUUAUGAAGGGGUCACCAGCCUGCAUGAAUAAGUCUGUGAGGUGACUAGUAGAUCUUGUUGCAGGAGCUGAGUUUAAGGAGGCAUGUAGUGAAUUUUUUUUACUUAUGCAAAUACAGAAUUAUUUAAGCAGUCCAUUUUUAUUUAUUAAAUGUAGAUUUGAGUGGGUGGUUCUGAGAAAAUGUAUUUGAAAAAAAAGUGUCUCUGCAAAUUGUGUACCAUGAAAUUUUUCCACAUAUACUUAACCAAUAAUAUACUAUGGAGUA